UCGCUCUCCGCCCGCCCCGUGCCCGGCCGCUGUCCGCCCGCCGCCGCCACCACAGCCACCCGCGCGCCCUCCUGCCGCGCCAUGGACGCCAAGGUUGUCGCCGUGCUGGCCCUUGUGCUGGCCGCGCUCUGUCUCAGCGAUGGGAAGCCCGUCAGCCUGAGCUACAGAUGCCCCUGCCGAUUCUUCGAGAGCCACGUGGCCAGAGCCAACGUCAAGCAUCUCAAGAUCCUCAACACGCCCAACUGUGCCCUGCAGAUCGUGGCACGGCUGAAGAGCAACAACCGACAAGUGUGCAUUGAUCCGAAGCUAAAGUGGAUUCAGGAGUACCUGGAGAAAGCCUUAAACAAGAGGUUCAAGAUGUGAGAGGCGGGUCAGGCGCCUGCGGAGACCUUACAGUAGGAGGCUGGGGCUGAAGCCCAGGCCAGGGCAGGGCCAGGUGCAUUUGGCCAGGGCCUUGUUUUGCACAGAUUGCCUUAUUCUCCCCAUUUGAUUAUGUAGCAAAAAUACGUAUAUGGUGUUUAUGUGUCCUUUAGUUUGAUUAGCCAAUGUCACUGGUGACAGAUUAAGAACCUAGACUAAGCCAUUAUGUUACCUGCUUCUUUGUAUCUUUCCCGUGGAGCCCAGGGCUCCUGAGUAUUAUAUCUCUCUGAGCUGCCCAGAAGGGAGUCCUGCCCUGUGUCACACCCGCAGGAAGGACUUGGGGCAGGGCUGAGGGGGCGUCACGCCAAGGCUACCCCUGGAGGGAUUGGGAGGCCCACACGGGAGGCUGCAGGACCCCCUGAGCUGAGUGCAGGAAGUGUGAGGCCAGGGCAGAGCGAGACCCGCCCCUCAACCCCGUGCUCCUCCACAUCCAUCGCGUCCUUCUCAUCACUCUGUGUCCCAUCCAUCGUCCUGUGUCUCAAGACUUGUCUCCAUGACCUCGAGCGCCAACUCCCUGUCAAGACCCAAGCUUUCAUGUCAGCCCGGCAACAGCAAAGGAGAGUCUUGUGUUAGCUGAGAGUGUUGUGCGCCCCCCGUGUCCUGUUUGGGGAUAGUGUCUGUCGUUGAAGUCAGCCUGUGUCUGUGAUCCCUGUCUAGAGCGUGUGUGCCGUCUCUCCCUCGAAUGCAAAGGCUGAGGUGGGGAGGAGUCCCUGUGGAGGGGGGAGAGGCCUCUCGACCCUUUUAACCUGGUCCUGAUCCAGUCUCGGGCCCCUUUGUAAAUGGACAGCCAUGACUUUUCCCACCAAACCCAGAACCACAGUGGAAGGGUGGGCUGAGCCCCAGGGGACGUGGUAGACAGCAGUGUGGACCUUGGAGGGUUUCCACACUUCUGUAGUUUUGAUAUCUUCAAACUACAGUCUUGUCUUCCUUGGGCUGAGCCCAGCUUUGUUUGGGGAAUAACAGGGAAAAAAAUUCUCCAUAUUUUUUUGGAGGGAGGUUUAAAAACCCAGCCCCUUUAGGAGUAGACCCUCCACCAGGAACCAAAUUAAGACAAUCACUUCUUCCAUCCCGGAAUGGGAGUGCCGAGGUCUCUAACCUUGGGAAGGGGGUAUUCAGAAAACGAGCUUUAGGACAAUGUCUGGGGCAGCAUCAAAAUGUUUCAGAGUUUCACUUUUCAAAAAGAUAAGCUGAUAAGAUUUUUUUUGUUUGCUUUUCAUUCCAUCUCACAACCUUUUAGUGAAAAACACACACCCCACCAUAUUUUUUUUUUAAUUAAGAAAAAAAGCAAAGUGGGGAAAUGGAUCCGUGCAAAGAAUACUGCACGUGCAGCCCAUGAACUCCGUUUGGACUGUGUUUUUCCUGUUGGAUACUUUGUAGGGUCUGAGUGAGGUGUGUUCAGCCAUUUCUGGAACUACUCCAUUACACUGGGUCUUGGUGGCACAUCCAUGAAGAAUUGCUCAAUUUCUCCCUUUCUUGGAGCAGAAAUUCAAUCCCCCAUCCAGUCAGGCUGCAUGGCAGCCUCCCUAGGAGUUUGGAGGAUCCAGGACUGUUUGCUUGUCGAGAUCAACCUGUUACUGCAGGCGCUCCUGCAAUAGCUGAGUUUGCCCUGGGAUGUUUUCUACAUCAUCCAAGAUGCUUAGAAAAUCUCUCUCGGAAAAUUUGCAAGGGUCUCCUCCGAAAACCCAUGAACCAGCACCUCAGAGUUUCUUGGUGGAAGGGCCCUAAAUCUUCUGUAGGGUUAACUGAGGGCUUAUUUCUGUAUUUCCUCCAUAGCGGGGGAAAUAGAUAGGAGUAGGAACUGCUGGGGAAAGUACUUGUGUGACAGUUCCCGUACCUCAGUCAGUGCCUGAAUGGAGACUGCCUGGCUUCAUUUGCAAAGGAAAAAUCUCUCCUGACCCUAACCCCAGUUUGCUUCCAAAACACAAGUCAAGUGCGCAUCCCUGGGUUGUAGACUGCAUUGCCCAGCGCCCCUCCUGGUCCUGCUGCUGAUUCCCCUGCCUCCCCUGGGGUUCUGUGUCUUCCCCUCCCGCCCCGCCCCACUGUCAGCCUUUGCAUCAGGGCAGGACACAGGCUGCUGCGUGUUGGAAUCCAAAUCUGUGCCCUGUGUUGUUUGCACGCGUUCCUUCCACUUGCUGAGACCCCAGCGGGGUGGACCUGUUCAGAGAUCAGAGGUCGCCUCCCGAGAGAGAUGGUACAGCCCGAGCAAGAGGUCUGGGCAGCAACAGCUUGCAGCCCUGACUCCCUCUUGGGGCAGUCCAGAGACCUCAAGGGCUUCCCACUGGAUCCGAUCUGACCAUUCUGUGAUGUGGGAGUCCAUCAUUUUUCCAGACAGUGUGCCCCUUUUCCUGCUAGAUGGGAACGUGGGGGCCCUGAAGCCCACGCGGCUCCCCUGACCCAUGCUGCGAGAGCCCCCUGUCCAAGCCCUGCACCCUGCAAACCUCCAACCCUCCCUCCUUCCCCUGUGCCACCCCCCCAUCACAUCCCUGAGGUUUGCCAUGUUAACCAAAGCACAUAGAAGCCUUGUGAUUCUGCAACCUCGCUGGGGUCUCAGCCUCUAGAAGUGAUGGAUUCAGUGUUAAAUGUGUUAAAUACUGUAUUUGUAUUGUUUAAAUUGCGUCUCCCAGAUAAUGUGAAAAUGGCCCAGGAGAAAGCAGCUUCCAGUACGCAGUGUGCUUUUGUUUUGUUUGGAAUUAACAACUCUUUGAAAAACAGCGAUUUCUACUUCAAAGUCAUAUCGAUGAAAAGUUGUAUAUGCACUUAUAAUUUUUCUUAAUAAAGAUCUGUAUGCAAGCUUA